AUGAGUCGAUCCGGAAAGGUGAAGCCGCAGUUGGUCAAGUUCCAAAUCUCGGCGAAUUGUAUCACCUACAGCGUAACCGGAAAAUCUCCAUUCGACGACGUUGUCGGGGUGGUGAUGCUUGUCUUAAACCCUGAGAUGCAAUCCCCAAUGCAUGUCCAUUGUUAUCGAUGUGAUAGCCCUGAAACUGCGCAAAUUAUGCACGCCAAUAUACAGCUCCUCCUCGCCCGACCCGAGCAUCAACGCGCGAUUAUGGACCUCGAGCAUCGAUUAUUCCUAUCAGGACUUCUGGUGCCAAGGCCCCAGAUCCGCUCGAUGAUGCCUUCGCGGACACAUAGCAAAGUUUCGGAUAUUAGGGAAAGGCUGGUGGGACAGCCAAAAAUGGCGAGUAUGGGGGAUUUGUCAAAGGUCGGGCUCUUCGAUAGUUUGCAUUCAAAACGCAUCAGCCAUUUAUCUGUCAGCGAAAUCCCCUCAUUCGACGAUCCCCAUCAACAGUUCAGACUGUUUGGGGAUACGCUCAAUCGGCCUGGGAAGAAAGCGAGAAGUAUGGAUAAUAUUGCUGAUGCCCAAGUGUGCACCGAAUUACGAGGUCCACCUCCAUUACCGCGACGCGGUAUGGGCAGUCAAAUGGACAAUUUUGGUGACAAGCACUUCGGGACUGCCAAUUCGUGGACAACCACUCGGCAUCACAGUUUUAAAUGCCGACUU